AUGGGCCACUCCUCAGAGCAUUCAUCUAAUAAAACAUCUUUCGAAGAACGAAUACUCCAUGACAAUAUUAACUCACCCGUUCCAACACGAAAACUUACUAGGAAACCGCCUCCUCCGGAUGGAAUUAUAGAUUCUUCGAGCAUUCAGAGAAAUCAGGAAUUGAAUGACGGCGCUCUGCUGCUCAACCCUACUGAAUUGUCUGUGGUCGGGAAAGAUAGAAGCCACAUUGAUGGUCUUGAUGACAUAAUCGGUACUUUAGAGGACGAAAUUCAUCAAAUGAUGAAACCAUCCUACGAAUCUUUUUCGACACAGUAUUCGCCCGCCAAAGAAGGGAACAGUGGCCAAUAUGAAAAGCAUCCAGAUUCUGUUGUUUCGGACGAUACUGAGGUAUAUGAGCAUAAAAAUAGCAUUGAGCAUCCAGAUUUACCCUCAGCAUCCAAAACAUUCCAGAAAAAAAUGACAUCUGCAGAUUGGGGCUCCGGUGUCAGUCAGCCCACAUCCCAAUCUGAUGGUGAUGACGCCGGCUAUGAAAACCUUCGCAAUUCUAGCUCUUUCAUUGAAAAGAAUAAGAGCUUCCUGUCUGGUAUACACUCGCCAAACCAUUCAGACGCAAACCAAUUUCCGAAAGGCAUGGAAGCAGCUAGUAUUAGCGGUUUUCCAAAUGCUCAUGCAUCUCUGGCGAGUGUAGACAGCCUUCACUUCUUAGACGCUGGUGGAACUUAUUCAGGUGAGCCGCUACAUACUGUUGAGACUACAGGCUCUUCCUUAAGAAGUAAUGUUCUAAGCACAACUGACUCGCAAUUCAGUAUCAGCCUGCCUAACCGUAUUGUUAGCUAUGACUCAAAGGGCACGCCAGAGUCAAGUAGCCGUGCUGCUAUCACUUCGAGUCAUUCUGUCAACUAUGAAGAUUCUUCUUCGCUUCCACAAUCUACAUAUCCCACAGAGCUCCUCCAUGAGGUUCUCACUACGGGAACUGGAGGUGGAAGCACUGCCAACAAUUUGAGCAACCCAGCCUUGGGUAGGGCACAACCUUCGACAAGGUCGAUCCCAACGUAUUCACCGCGGACUCCACUUAAAACAUCCAAUACCUUCACAUCAAUUGCCAGUGAUGCUAGCUGCCCGAAAGGUCUGCCCUCGAUGACCAGUGCCAACACGUUCCAUAGAAAAUCGCUGUCUAUGAGUUCAAUUUUUAGCUCUAACUCAAAUAGGCACAUCACAUUGGGUACAUUGAAGAAGUCUAUAACGCUACGACCUGGAGAAGGGGAGCGCUCCAACUAUGUGCAAUCAAUUCGACGCAACGCUGGAACAUCGUAUAAUGACUUGGGUCCAGAGACGUGGAAAUUGCCUGUCGGAAUUCUUCCAGUUGACAAGCGACAGCUUCUUCCCACAAACGACAGAUAUAACCGUUUGCGUGGCAACAGAAAAAAUCAAUCAAGCGGCGUUGGCUUGAAGCACGGUCACUUAGCACCUCGACUACUUGCUGCAGAGGUUGACGAAUCUGAGGGACUGAAUAAGUUUGGCUCAUUGGGAAGGUCAAGCACAUUCCAGAGACAUGACAAAAAAGAUGUCAGUGCAGUUGCACUGUCGAGACUGUCCAUUCCAUCAACCGUUGUUUCACGUGGGAACCUGCUUAGGCAAAAUAGCAAUGCACCAUCGCGAGCUGGCUCAAUUGCUGGGUCAUUCCUGAGCUCAAUCAUGGCUUCAACUGAUCCGUCGACUCCCAAGAGAAAUUCGGGUAUUCAUAAUGGGUACCAGCCCAUGAUAUCAAGGCAUGCCCUGACAUCAUCUCGAAUGUCUGUCGGUAGUAUCAGCGAUGGUCGGCUCGUCGAGGGGUACUAUCAACACCCAGGUUACCGCUACGAAGAAGAAGUUGAAAACACCGAGGGAAUCAGCCCGUCCACCGAAAGAACUAUGCAUCACGAUUCUGAUGAAGAUAACGAUGAAAAGCCCCGGUUAGUACUCGCUAAUCCUGAUAGUGAUAGUAGCGAUGAUUAG